AUGGACGCGCGCCAGGCGAGCCCGCGCGGCGCGGCGUCGACGAACCGCUACAGCUGCGCCGUCUGCCUCGAGGCGCACGCCAUCGAACCGGUGGUCACGGCCUGCGGCCACCUGUACUGCUGGCAGUGCCUCUACCGCUGGCUCGACGCGGGCCACAACCGGUGCCCCGUGUGCAGCGCGCGCGUGGACCGCAACGAGGUGACGCCGCUCUACGCGUCCGACGAGCGCGACGGCGAGCUCGAGAAGCUCCGCGGGCGGCCCGCGUCGCCCGUCCCGCGGCCGCGGAGCCGGACGCCGUCGCCCGCGCGGCGGCCCGGCGGCUACGACUCGCCGGGCCGCGGCUCGCCGCGGCGCGGCACGGGCAGCCCGACGGCGCGCGACGCGCCGCCGCUGCCCUUCUCCACCGCCGCGCGCGCGGAGGAGGACGCGUUCCCGUCGCUCUUCGGCCUCCAGUUCCACCGCAUCCUGUGGCGGAGCCGCGGCGAGCGCGACGCCACGGACCGGUGGCUCGCGCUCUGGAAGGCCGUCGUCCUCGGCGGCAUCCACCUCAGUAGUAGCACCGCUUUGCACGCGCGCGCAUCCAUGGUGCUCCUCGCGCGACCGGAGACGGUCAACGCGAGCGAGUACGAGCUCUUGAUGCAGUACGGGCAGCCUCGGACGGCGUCGACCUUCGACUUCAUGGUCGUCUGCGUCCUCGCGCACCUCAGCCACGGCCUGGGCAGCCCCGGCGGCUACCGGAAGAAGGUCUCGUGCGGCUUCGAGCCCAAGGGCAUCAGCGGGCCGCGCUUCGCGGCGCUCGCCGCGGAGCAUCCCGGCGAGGUCCGCGUCGGGAAGGCGCACCAGGUCUUCGACCUCGGCGCGCCGCCCGACGGCGCGCCCGUGCCCGAGGCCCUCUACUUCGUGUCGUCGCGCCAGGAGGACGUGGCCGCCGAGCUCGCGGCGCUGCCGUUCCCGGAGCGCGGCGCGCUCGGCGGCGUCCAGGCCUACGACGAGUUCGUGGAACUGGGCCUCGCGUCGAUCCGGCGGAACUUCCGCGCGGUCUUCCCGGACGUGAGCGACGAGCAGUUCCUCAUGGUGCGCGAGUACAUGGCCCACUGGGACGUGCUCCGCCAGUGCUGCGGCGGCCAGGCCGCGCGGAGCGUCGUCGCGCAGCUCCACGGCCUGAAGACGCGGAAGCGGUCCUGGCAGCUCGACCGCCCCCACUGCGAGCUCUACGACCUCGACGUCGUCGAGGAGGCGCUGUUCAACACGACGAUCUGGCGCUGGAACUUCGCCGCGGCGGGCCAGGGCUUCUGGCGCGACAAGGAGGCGCAGAUGCGCCGCGGCAUGUGCUGCUUCGGCAACGCGGAGAUGCACAACGGCGGCUACUUCAACCCGAAGGAGGGCGUCCAGGAGUACCUCCGCGCGCACGGCGACCCCCGCGACCACAAGAUCGACGUCAAGGCGGCCUGCUCCCACCGCAACUACCAGUCGGACUACGUCGAGCCCAUCCACGUCGACUGCCCGGCGCGGCCGGGCUUCCCGCCGUGCCGCGGGCCGCGGGUGGCGCAGCCCCUCGGCUGGGACGACUGGCCGCCGUCGCUGCCGCCCGGGCCGAGCCGGUCCGACCAGGACACGUCCUGGCGCCGCGGCGGCGGCGGCGGCGGCGGCGGCGGCGGCGGCGGCGGCUUCGGCGGCGACCGCGGCGGCGGCUUCGGCGACCGCGGCGGCGGCGGCGGCUUCGGCGGCGGCGGCGCGCGGUCGAUGGACCCGCGCUACGGCGGCGGCGCGCCGCAGCGCGGCGGCGGCGGCGCCGAGGACAUCCGCGCGGCCAUGCGCGGCGGCCGCGACGGCGGCGCGCCGGCGCCCGGCGGCGCGCGGUCCAUGGACCCGCGCUACGGCGGCGGCGCGGCGGCGCCGGGCGGCGCCAAGAGCAUGGACCCGCGCUACGGCGGCGGCGCGGCGCCCGCGCCCGCGCGCGGCGGCGCCAUGGCCAUGGACCCGCGGCGCGCGCCGCCCGUGGCGCCGCCCAGCGGGCCGGCGCAGCGCGACGUCCGCGCGGCGCCCGGCGGCGGCCUCGGCUACAAGGGCCGCCAGGUCGCGGGCGGCGGCUUCUCCGGGAGCAUCUCGUCGGCCGCGCCGCCGCCGCCGCCGGAGGAGAAGAAGGAGGAGGAGCCGACGGCGGAGAACGCCGCCGUGCCGAGCCGCACCAUCGACGUCUACUGGCAGUCCUACCCGCAGGAGACGAUCUGGGUCCGGAAGAACCGGCGCGAGAGCUACAAGGAGACGAAGUCGCGCAUGCCCGUCGUGCUCCGCAACCUCGCGCCGGACACGGCCUUCGACCCCCGCAUCAUGUGGGACAAGGAGAAGGAGCGCGUCGCCGAGGCCAAGGCCGACGCGGCCGCGGCCGCCAAGUCGGCCGGCGAGGACAAGAAGAAGAAGAAGGACGCGAAACCAAAAAAGCUCAGCAAGAAGGAGGAGAUGAUCGAGAAGAACAAGCGCGACUCCGAGGACAAGGACGUCAAGGCCGACCUCGAGAAGCUCGAGAACGCGUCCAAGGCGUGCCGGAAGAAGGACCAGCUCGGCGCGACGAUCAUGGCGACCAAGUGCGCGACGGCGCUGGGCAAGCUCCGCCAGCUCCUCAUGGUCCUCGACGCGGAGCUCGGCAACGACUCGCGGCCCGCGGCGCUCGACGUGCUCUGGGCCGUCGAGGCGAACCCGCUCUACCACGCGGCGCUCGCCGAGGCCGACGACGGCGACGACGACGAGAAGGACAAGAAGAAGAAGAAGGACGACAAGAAGGCCAAGGACAAGAAGGGCGAGGACAAGAAGAAGAAGGAGGCGCCCAAGUCGCCCGGCGCGGCCCUCGUCCACGAGUUCCGCAAGGAGCUGCGCGCGGCGAAGAAGGUCCGGAAGGAGCUCGCCGGCGCGCUCGCGUCGUUCCAGCUCGAGGAGAUGUACAACCGCCUGCCGCCGCUGUCGCCCUUCCUCAAGAGCUGGCGCUUAGAUGCGUGGCAGAAGAAGGUGCUGCGCCACAUCGACGCGGGCAAGUCCGCGGUCGUCUGCGCGCCGACGUCGUCGGGCAAGACGGUCAUCUCGACGUACACGUGCGUCGCCAACGACCGCGUGCUCUUCGUCGUGCCCACGGAGCCGUUGGUGGCCCUCGCGACGAACCAAUUGGCGUACCGGCCGUCCGAGGACAAGUCGCGCAUCGUCGUCGGCACGCCGUUGGCCCUCGAGUCGAGCCUCGUGAAGAUCCGCGGCCAGGUCGGCGACGAGGCGACGUCGAAGCGCUGGGACUACGCCCAGCUCGACGGCGGCUUCGACUUCGACUACGCGGUCUUCGACGAGGUCCACGCGCUCGACGGCGACGAGGGCGCGGCGCUCCAGCGCCUCGUGCGCUCCGUGACCUGCCCGACGCUGGCGCUGUCGGCGACCAUCGGCAACGCGGCCCAGCUCCAGGGCUGGUGGCAGGGCGUCCGCGACGACUGCGCGCUCGUCGACGGCGUCGAGUCCUCGGACCGCGUCGAGCUCGUCGAGCACAGCGGCCGCUUCAUCAACGUGCAGAACCUCGUGCUGGACCCGGACGCGAAGCUCGACCGGCUCCACCCCUGCGCGGCGCUGACGACGGACCAGCUCCUGGGCGACGAGAAGAUCGCCUUCGCCAUGACGCCGGCCGACUCGAAGCAGCUCUACGGCAAGCUCGUCGCCGAGUACGGCGCCGCCGUCGAGGACCUCGAGCCCAAGGCCUUCUUCGAGCGCCUCGCCGCCGGCGAGGAGCAGGAACGGUUGGCGGCGCGCGCCGCCUUCGUCAAGCGCGGCGGCGCGCCGCCGCCGGAGCUCGCGGGCGACGCGGGCAAGGCCGCGGCGUCCGCGCGCGCGCGCAUCACGCUGGACCACGCCAAGGCCUACGAGCUCGCGUUGAAGCAGCGCCUCUACGACGAGGCGGCGAAGAACGCGCCCAAGCUCGGCGGCGUGCUCGACGGCUUCGUGCCCGGCCACCUGAAGAAGCUCGAGUCGGCCGCUGUGGGCGAGAACGGCCGGUCCUUCUCCAUGCUCAACGUCGCGACGCAGAUGCGCGCCAAGCUGCUAUUUCCGGCUUUGGCGUUUCAUCUUGACAGCUUCCGCUGCCUCGCGCUCUUCAAGAGCCUGCUCAUCGAACUCGAGGAGGCGCAGGACGCGCGGUACCCCGAGUACGGCGACGAGCUCAAGAAGAAGGCGGAGGAGAAGGCCAAGGAGAACGAGGCCCGCGCGAAGAACGCGGCGCGCAACGCCAAGGAGGCCGAGGAGGAGGCCAAGGAGGGCUUCGACGACGGCGGCGAGACCUUUGUCGACGUGUCCGCGCCGCACCCGGAAUUCGUGCUCGCGCCGCCGACGACGCGGCUCUCCGCGAAGGAGAUCGACGACAUUCUGGAUGAGCUGAAGCGCGACACGCAGGGCCGCGAGGCCCUGCCGGCGAACCACAUCCUCGUGCGCGCCCUGCGCCGCGGCUUCGCCAUCUACAUCGACGACGCGGCGUUCGCGGUCUACCGCCGGGUCGUCCAGCGGCUCGCGCAGCAGGGCAAGCUCGCCAUCGUGUUCAGCGACGUCUCGCUGGCCUACGGCGUGAACAUGCCCUUCCGCACGGUCAUGUUCUGCGGCGACGAGGGGUCCCUGCUGACGCCGCUGCUCGCGCAGCAGAUGGCGGGCCGCGCGGGCCGCCGCGGCCUCGACACGCAGGGCAAUCUGGUGUACCUGGGCAUGUCCUGGCCGCGCAUCCGCAAGCUCAUGGUCGGCACGGUGCCGGCGAUCCUGGGCAAGCCGCCCCACUUCCCGACCAUGGCGCUGCCCCUCGCGCUGUCCGCGGAGUGCUCGCCCGUCGCGUUAUGCGCGAACGUCGACCGCAAGUGCCUGCUGCGGUUGAGCGCCGCGUCGCUGUCCGAGUUCAACGACGGCACGAAGCGCACGGCGCUCGACGCGGCGACGCGCGUCGACGCGGCGCUGGAGGCGCUCAAGGUGCUGGGCCUCUGGAUCCACAAGGCGGACGGCGGCGAGGACGACGGCGGCGGCGACUCGAUGCACGACGACGUGCGGCCCAAGCUCUGCAUGGUCUGGGAGCUCCGCGACUACCUGCCGGAGUCCGUGGCGUUGGCCUACGCCAUGCCGUUGCUCAUGGCCGAGUUCGUCAAGAACCGCUUCAACUUCAAGCGCGCGUCGGAGGACGCGGGCUCCGAGGCCGUGCAGAUCGAGUUCUUCUCCGUGUUCCUGCACAUCGUCGACCGCGUGCGCUGCAAGAAGGGCGCCGUGCCCCUGGACGAGGGCACGUGGAUGAAGAAGGACCCGGAGCGCACGAAGAAGUGGGCCAAGUGGGAGAAGAUCCUCGAGGAGUCGCAGGCGCGCCUCGACGGCCUCACGUCGCUCCGCGACGACGAGCGCGACGCGCUCAAGCUGGCCGUGGCGCCGGGCGAGCCCCUCGACGCCCACAUCUUCGAGAUCGCCAAGGACCGCCGCAUGCCGCCGACGGACAAGCUCUCCUCGCUCGACCGCCACAAGCUCAAGCAGCGCAUCUGGCACGUCGGCAACAUCCUCAUGAAGAUGCACAACUGCCUCCAGCUCCGCGGCGAGUUCAUCGCGCUCUCGCCCCUCCUCCGCAAGUGCUGCCAGCGCAUCAAGUACAUCCUCUCCGACGACAUCAACGCCAACGUCGACGAGAACGCGAUCCUCGCGGUCCACGAGUCGUCCGACGACGACGACGACGCCGCGCCGCCGCCGGACGACGACGCGGACACCGUGCCGCCGGCCGACAACUAGGCCACCGCCGUCGUCCCACCUCCCCCCGUUAACGCAAGCUCUCUCGUCGU